UGAAAGUCGCCGCACAUGUCAGGCGAGAGACAGUUGUUGGGUUACUAACAGGACACAACGCCUUGCAAACAUAUGCAUAGAGUUGUGUAUACAGAUGGCAACGAGAAGAAUAGCUCGGCCGCCUUUUAUAAAGCUGUAGCUACUCCCUGCCAUCACAAGUGGGAAAUGAAACCCUUCAGACAGAGGGCCAGCUAGCGCCUUGGAAUUGUUUGUUACCGUUUUAAUCCGAUUAAUUAAAACGUUAACCUGAUUGGGUAGAAAGCCUGGUUCCCAAAAGGCGACUCUUCCUCAUAAUAACCUGUUUAGCGAGAUAAUGAUGUAAAAGACUCCCUCGCUUACAGCUGAUGUUGGUGCUAACAUUUGGGAAAUAGCAGUGCGGGGUACAGCUGAACAAGAGGCAAGCUUUUGGAGGAUGCAUGUGUUGUCGCUGCAACUCAAAAUGCUGAUGUAAAGAAGUAUUUGAAGAAGUGAAAAGGAACGACAGGAAGCUAAGAUUAUUUUUUAAGACAAAAUAUUAAUCUUGAUUAGACUGCCGCCUGUCUUUGGGUAAUUUACGCCUUUAUGUUCGCCCUGUGGUAGACUACGCUGGACAGAAGUAACAGAAAGGACUAUGAGCAGAAAUAUGAAGCUGAGCAGUGUUGAAGAAGAUAUUUUCCAUAAAGCUCUACAGGGUACCCCAGUUACCAGAAGGUUGGAAUCGCCAUUCCGAGUGGGGUCGGGGGGUGGCAUGGAUCUGUCGCAGCGGGACAGGCACUCUCCCCUCGGAUGUUUUGAUAUGAGUGAGCCAGAGCUCCAGUCUAGGGGAGGCAGUGACAGCCUUGGAGUUUUGGGUAUGCCACCCUCUGCCGUAUGCCACAGCUAUGGAGAAAGCACAAGUAGGAGUUCCCUGGCCGAAAGCAGUGGUGGCGAGCAGAGCCCAGAUGAUGACAGCGACGGUCGCUGCGAACUUCUCCUCCGGACUUCAGACGCACGAAUCACCACGACAGCCCUCACUACCGCAACGGCUGGAGCCAAAGUAGACGGCUCGACUACCAAGAAGUCCAAAGAGCAGAAAGCCCUGCGUCUUAAUAUCAACGCCAGGGAACGACGUCGAAUGCACGACUUGAACGAUGCUCUGGACGAACUAAGGGCUGUCAUCCCAUAUGCUCAUAGUCCCUCAGUGCGGAAGCUCUCCAAGAUAGCAACUUUGCUCUUGGCCAAAAACUACAUCUUGAUGCAAGCUCAGGCACUGGAGGAGAUGCGACGGCUUGUAGCAUAUCUUAAUCAGGGUCAAGCAAUUUCAGCUGCAGCUUCUACUUUGCCAAGUGCCGCUGCUGCCCUGCACCCUGCACUGGGGGCCGCUGCUGCCUACGACCCCACGGCUGCCUACCCAUUCCAGACUGCAGGACUUGGGGCCGGAGGUUCAUGUCCAGACAAGUGUGCACUCUUCAGUACUGUUUCAUCUAACCUUUGCAAACAGUGCACCGAAAAGCCUUAAACCUAACCUUUACAGAUGCACGAAAAACGAAUAAAGCUGGAGAAAAAAGGUCAGCCAGAUGCAGCUAAAUAUAGCCGGUCGAUAAUUAACUAGUACACACAAAGAGAAAAAAUAUGGUGCAAUGGCAGCACGUCAGACUUUCCUGCACACAUACCUUAUCAGAAGAGUGAGUUAGGACUUUAAGAACUUGUUUUACACUUGGUAGUCAAUUUAAAUGAAAAUGGACCAGAACUAGGGGCACUAUGACACUGAAGCACUUGAAAUAAUAAAGGACUUAUAACACUGACACUCUUAAAUUAAUCUCCUUGUCACAGAAGAGAUACUUAAUAUAAAUAAUAGUAUUUUAUUGUUUAGAUGUGAUCUUGUAAAUAAAUAUAUACAAAACCUUGCACACAAUUUUUGGUAAGAGUGAAAAUGCGUGACUGGCAUUGCUAGAUUUUUUAAACAAAUAUAUCUGUGCACCUUGCUACUUAACAGUUUCCGCGGUGUCUGAACUGCAAUUAUAUUUAUUGUUUACUGACGUAAAACAGACUGUAUUUAUCAAGCACUGGAAGUGGAACCAUUAAAGUCCAAACCUGCAACUUGAUUCAAAACAAUACUGAGAUAGUCUUGAUUUUAUGGAAUUGUUUUUCACGUUUAUUUUAAAGCAUAAUAUGAGUGUUUGUGGCUGAGUUGUGUAACCCCCGUGUCCUAUACAAUUUUGGUCAAUAUUUCUGUGUUACAACCAGCUUUAUUAAAUGGCUUAAUUCCAAAAAGAGCAGCAUAUUUAAGACAAUGGUAUCUCUCUCUCUCUCUUUUUGAAAAGCGUGUCUGUGAUAACAUCCUUCCCACUGGAUUCUCAAAACUUAAGUUUAUAACACUUUUUUCAAAGGCAGCGGUUUGAAAAGGCUUAUAAUACUUGGUUUGUUAAAAAUAUUCACAUUCACAAAUAUGGUCAUGUUUUUGUCAGUUACUCUUCUGACCAUGGUCUCUGGAUACAUGUGACAUAUGCUGUUGUUUAUUAAAGAAGUGCUAUUUACCCAAAGCUAGAUUUCAGUUUGAAUUUGCAUGCAUCGAGUUUGUUUGUAUUUACUCUAUGUGUCUUAAUGGAUAUAGCGUCUGUAGAUUUACGUACUGUAUUAAUAUAUUUUUAAAGUACACAAAUCCACGUUGUCAGGUGGGUGGAAAUACAGACCAUGAUGAUUUAAUGGUGAGGACAAGACAGUAUGCAAGUGUUAUGCCAGAUUGUACAGCUGUUUCUGUUGAUUUGUAUGUGUUCCGGUGUUCUAAAAUAUCUUUAUUAAAAUAUUUUGACAAAAACAAAA